GAAUCCAGCGGGGCCAAAAGGAAGGGACAAGAGAGAAACCGUUCAGAUUACAAGCUGCGAAUAUAACGCUGCCUUACUGCAUUCAACGUCAAAUAUAUAUUUCAGUAUAUUUUCUUCCUUACCCCUGAACGUAUCGAGUGUUUUAGUUACACGGUCUUUGUGUGUGGAAUAUCCAGUUUCUCAGUUACAAUUUUGACAGAUCCUUCAACUACCGGCAUCAUGUCGAAUCCUGUUAGUCCAUCCUUGAAAAAUCUACCCAAAGUAGCGGUUAAUCUGAAGACUCAAUUAGAAGGCUUCGAUCACACAUGUAUGAAAAAAGCAUCCACGACAGAAAAAAAUGUUCUGCCUUCUGCAAAGGAUGUGGCCGUGGAGAAAAAUCAACAAAUCUUAAUCGCUGGAAUUGAAACGUUUGACCCCACUAAGUUGAAGCAUACGACGACUCAAGAGAAAAAUCCACUUCCCGAUAAGGAAGUAAUCCAACAAGAAAAAGGAAAGCAGGAGCUCAUCUCUGGAAUUGAAAAUUUCAAUCCUGCAAAACUAAAGCAUGCAGUGACCCAAGAAAAAAAUGUCCUCCCAACCAAAGAAGCAAUUGCUGCUGAAAAAGUUUCUGCAUAAAGUGAAAUUUGGUACUACAAAAACAACCAUCAGAGGAGAGACUUGUGAUUUCGCUACUUUUAUAUAUCGUAUUAUAUAAUAUUUUAUAUUAAUUACCGACGAUAUAAAAUAGGCGAGCAUCCUAACGUUAAUAUUAAUCUUAUGAAUUACAAUUUAAAAACUAGCAUCUUAUGCUUUAUUUCGCGCGAAUCAUAAUUAUAUAAUAAUAAUAAUAAUUGCAAGUCGAAGUCCUACAAUUCGACGAAUCCUAAGCAAAAAAAAAAAAAAAAUGUGUCAAUGAGAUUUCUAUAAGUUGGCAUUAAUUUUUUCCUUAAUAUGAUAAUAAGCGAGAAAAAAAGACAAUUUUAGAUUCGAUAUAGUUUAUUUUUGCAUCUUAAAUAUUGUAAUUUGUCGCGAACAUUAUUUUGUUCAUAUUUACCUAAAUGCUGAUUAAGCAAUGAAGAAAAAAAAAACCCGAAACGCAAUAUUAUUGUGCAAGUGUGCAUAUUAUUUUUCAAUGAAACAAUUUUUUAUAACAAAAAAAAAAAUAUGAAUAGCAAUAACUUAACAAAGAUGCAAAACUGUCAAAAUGUUUGUUAAAAAAAACAACAGUAUUUUAUAUAUAUAUUGGGCUAUUUGUAUACUUUUUUAACAUUCAUACAAUGAAUUUUUCAAAUACGAUUAGGAGAUACAAUAAACAAACAUUUUUACGCA